UCUUCUCUUUUUCGCUCGCGACUCAAGAGAGGGAGUAAGAAGAGAGGCGGUCGAUCUUCGGAUGUGUUUUCUUCUCUGGUCAUCGUUGUGAAGGAUCCUGAUACCCUGAAGUUCUUCCGAUCUGAUCUCUGAAAAUGGGAGACUUAAACGAUCCGUACAUGCGCAACAGGGACGCUGCGGUGCAGGCUCGCACCAAAGCUCAGAAUCGCGCGAACGUUCUGCAGUUGAAACUUAUUGGGCAGAGUCAUCCUACUGGUCUUACGAAUAAUCUCUUGAAGCUUUUUGAGCCCCGACCUGCACUGGAAUAUAAACCGCCCCCUGAGAAGAGGAAAUGCCCACCAUACAUGGGAAUGGCACAAUUUGUAAGUAACUUUGCGGAGCCGGGAGACGCUGAAUAUGCUCCUCCUGUCAAAACAGGCGAAACUCCAGUUCAAAGAAGGGCUAGAAUUCAUAAACAACGACUGGAGCAGGGUGCAGAAAAGGCUGCUGAAGAGCUUCAGAAAUAUGAUCCAGCUAGUGAUCCAAAUGUUUCUGGAGAUCCAUACAAGACUUUGUUUGUUGCAAGACUUAAUUAUGAGACAACCGAGCAUAGACUAAAAAGGGAGUUUGAAGCUUAUGGGCCAAUCAAGCGGGUUCGAAUGAUUACUGAUAAGGAGACAAAUAAACCUAGAGGUUACGCGUUCAUCGAGUACAUGCAUACAAGGGAUAUGAAAGCUGCAUACAAACAAGCUGAUGGGAGGAAACUUGAUAAUAGGCGAGUGCUUGUGGAUGUUGAACGUGGUAGAACUGUUCCCAAUUGGCGACCUCGCAGACUUGGUGGUGGACUUGGAUCAACCAGGGUUGGCGGUGAAGAGGUCAAUCAGAAGUAUUCUGGAAGAGAGCCGCAGCAGAUAACUUCAGGUGGACCUCCUCGGUCAGAGGAGCCCAGAUCCCGAGAGGAUCGCCAUGUUGAUCGGGAGAUGGAGAAGUCCCGUGAAAGGGGAAGGGACAGAGACUGGGAACGUGAGAAGUCUCGUGAGCGAUCCCAUGACCGGACAAGGGAUCGUGAUCCACGAGAAGAAAGGCACAAUCGAGACCGUGGGGGAGACCGUGAUAGAAAUAGAGACAGGGACAGGGAUCGGGAACGUGGCAGGGAUCGUGAUCGUCGUGAUCGAGACCGUGGUCGUGACCAUGAGCGCGAUCGAGACAGAGAUAGAGACCGUGAGCGUGAACGCGACCGUGAUCGUGGACGUGAUCGUCCCCGAGAGCGAGAGAGGGAUUAUGAUCGCGGAGAUUCUGAACAAGAUCGUGGGCGUUCUCGUGACAGGGAAUCUGAUUAUGACCGUAUUGAGCCAAAGCAUGAACGGGAAAAGGAGAGGGAUUACAGUCACAAGGAGUCUGAGAAUGAACGUGGAUGGUAUGACCAUGCUGAGCCUGGGCAUGGAUAUGGGAGUGGGGAGGCUGACCGUGAACAUGGCCAUUAUGACCAUUAUGAGGAUCAAGGUCGUGGAGGAUAUGAUCAUUUUGAGCCCCAGAAUGAUCAGGGACUCCCUGAUCAUGAACCUGACCGGUAUGAUCAGAUGGAGCCUGAGGAAGACCGGUAUGAUCAAGGGGAUAAAAUUCGGGAUCGAGAACGAGAAUAUGAGCGUUCAGAGAGGUCUCUCUCACGUGAAUGAGCACUCGGAAUGCAGGUGAUGUGGCUUUCUUCCCAUUUGUUUUGCUAUUCUGGUAAAUUCAGACCCAUUAUAUCCGCUUUUCGUGAGAAAAGUGUGCACACAUGCGCAUCGUUCUUUCU